AUGAGAGAGAAUCACCAGACCGCCCACAAUGUUCCAAACCAAUAUUCUAAUGCACAACAUACAAAUAAACAUUCAACGUCAAAUCAAGACUGGAGCAACUUUAUCGACCAACUUAAAGUGCAGUUAAAUAUUAAUCCAGGAGAAAGGCCAGAAGAAUUUCAUGGAGCAAUUAACAAGCUGAUUGGAGAAAAUCAUUAUUUUGUAAAUUUUAUCAAUAAACUUCAAAAGCGGUUCGGUAUUAAUUUAGAUCCAGAAAGAAUUUUAAAAGUAAUUGACAAUCUGAUUAGCGAAAAUGGAUGCAUUAAACAUUUUAUUAAUCAACUUCAAACGCAGUUCAGUAUUAAUCAAGGAGAAGCUCUAGGAAUAAUUUUAGAAAGAAUUUUUGCAAUAAUUAUCAGUCUGCUUAACGAAAAGAAAAGAUUAACUGAGGAGAAUCAAGAUUUUAAUGAGUCAAUGAAGAUAUAUGAAGCAAAUAAUAAGGAAUUAGCCAGAUAUCAAAAUGAAGUAGUGCCACAAUUAAAUCAAGUAAUUGAGUCACAAUCAGCCAAACACACUGAUUUAGCGACAAAAUACGAUGAAUUGCAUGCAGAAAAAGAAAGUCUUACAAUUGAAUUAAACAAAUAUAAAGUGUUUGAGUCAAAAUACAGUCAAUUGCAUGCAGACAAUGAAAAACUUACAAAUGAAUUAAACAAUUACAAAGAACAAAUUAAAAAUAUGGAACUACAAUAUAACUCUAAUAUUGUUGAGAUGGGUGAAUUUUAUGGUAAAAAAAUCAGAGAACUUGAAGCCGAAAAUAAUAGUAAAAUAGCAAAAUCAGAAGAAAAGGGAAAUUAUUAUUUUGAUGAAUUAGUUAAAAAUAAGGAAAAAUUGGAUAAAUAUCAGCAAGAGAUUGAGCCCAAAUACAUAGAACAAAUCAAGAGCUUAAAUAAUAAUUUAGAAAUAAAUCAACAAGAAAUCACUACCUUAAAAACCAAUAUAUCCCGUGCAAAAGCAAAUUAUGAUAAAUUAAAUAAGGAUUAUAAUAAUGAUAAAAUUUAUCAAGAUAAUAAAAUUGCUGAACUUAUAACAGAAAGUCAAAACAAAACUCUUUUUAUUAAUGAUUUAGAAAAAUCAAAACGAGAAUUAGAGGCUACAAAUGAAAAAUUGAGAAAAGAAGCCUCAUCAUAUCAAUCAGCUUUAGGGGAUGCAUUAAAUUUCCGUUUGAGUGAUGAGGAUAAUAAUAAUUCAGUCCAACUUUCAGCUGAUAUAAAUUCUUUACAGGAUAAACUUGAGAAAUAUGUUACUACAUUAAAAGGUCAAAUAAAAAUUGAUAAUGAUAAAAUUCAAGGAUUAUAUGGAAAAUAUAAUUUAGAUACUCAAAAUCUAACUGAUAAAAUUUUGAUGAAAUCAGUUUUACAACGUCAUGUUUUAGAAAAAAUCCUUGAAUAUAUUGAUAAUUAUCUUGAAAUUAAAGAUGAUGAUGAACCAAGUAUUCCUAAUAAUCAAGAAAAAUAUAUAAUGGAUCAUACAAAUGAAUUAAUAUUUCUUCUUGAUAAAUUUUAUAAUAAUCAUUUUGAACAAGAUAAUAAUACUUAUGAAAAUAAAAUAAAACAAUAUACACAUCCGUUUAUAUCAUCCACAGCAUUAGAACUUAAUCAAUUUAUGGCAGGAUAUCGUUAUAUCAAAGAUGAUGCUAAAAGAAAAAAUGUAGAAAAUAUGGCAGAAAAUCUUAUCAAAGAUAUAAUUCAAAUAUUUAAAUUUCGUUUAUUAGUUCAAGAACCAAAAUGUGAAACACGCUGGUUUAAAAAAGGUAUAAAAAUAAAUCCUCAAUUUAUGAAAGGACAAUGGGAUGAUGAUUGUUUGGAUGAUUAUGUUGUGGAUAUUUGUUAUUUUCCUUUGAUUGGAAUGGAAUUGGAUGAUUUGAGUAAAAGUGCUAUAAAGGGCAUUAUUAAAUAUAUGACUCCUGCAACAUCCUCUUCAAUACCAAGUCAAAAUUCUGCUAACAAUGAUCAUAACAGGGACCCAAACAAGCGUCAAAAUUCAGUUGGCAGUGAUCGUAAUAGGGAUUUAGAUAAGCGUCAAAAUUCAGCUAGCAGUGAUCGUAACAAUGGUCCAGAUAAGCAUCAAAAUUCUGCUAACAAUGAUCAUAACAGGGACCCAAACAAGCGUCAAAAUUCAGCUAGCAGUGAUCGUAAUAGGGAUUUAGAUAAGCGUCAAAAUUCAGCUAGCAGUGAUCGUAACAAUGGUCCAGAUAAGCAUCAAAAUUCAGUCAACAAUGAUCAUAACAGGGACCCAAACAAGCGUCAAAAUUCAGCUAGCAGUGAUCAUAACAGUGAUUCAAACAAGCGUCAAAAUUCAGCUAGCAGUGAUCGUAGCAAUGGUCCAGAUAAGCAUCAAAAUUCAGUCAACAAUGAUCGUAAUAGGGAUUCAUAUAAGCAUCAAAAUUCAGCUAGCAGUGAUCAUAACAGUGAUUCAAACAAGCGUCAAAAUUCAGAUAACAAUGAUUGUAACAGGGAUCAAAAAAAGCAUCAAAGUUCAGCUAGCAGUGAUCCAAAUGAUAACAAUCUAUCCCAUAAUCAUAGUCAUUAUCAAAAAAACCAUUCUCAAAACUUUAAUAAUCAAUCUCUGGGUGGUAAUGAAUUUCAAGCAAAACCUCACGUUCAAUCUAGACCAAUAGGCAAUGUAGAUUCCCCCAACUUGAGCCAAACUUCAAGUAAAAAUUCGACUAACACUAAAGGUAAUAACAAUGAAACAAGUCGACCACAUAUUGAAAAUAGCGAAACUCCUUCCGCUCCAAGUACUAAUGAUGGUGCAUCAACUUCUUUACCUAGCUCGAAAGAAAUAAAUGAUCCUCAAGAUAAUAAUGAUAAAGUAAUUACUACUACAUCCAAUGUUAAUAAUAAUGGAGGAUCAAAUACUGGUGAUAAUAAAACAACGGACAAUAAUGCAAACAAUCAAGAUAAUAAAAGCAAAAACAAUGAAAAUAUAGGAAAUGAAGGUAGUGAAACUAGGGGUAGUGUAACUAGGGGUAUUGAAAUUGAGGGUAGUAAAAUUAAGGGCGGAAAAAAUCAAACAGAUAGUUUAGUAUUAGGAGAUGAUGGUGGGAAAGUAACCGGUGAAAAUGGGAACGGUAAAAACAGCCAAGAUAAAGGAAUUGUUGGAAAACAAAAAGGUAAUAAAAAAGAUGGUAGAGAUAAAGACAAAGACAAAGACAAAAACACAAAAGUAAAAAAAGUAGAUAAACCAACUGGUGAUGACCAAGGAAAAAAAAAAAACUUAGGUUGUGGUCAUCAAAGUAAUAAUGAUAGUUUAGAUGAAGAAGAUUAUGUUGAUGUAAAAAAAGAAACCUAA